AUGGUAUUGCCCACAAACUCCCAGAGUCAAUCAUUUGCAUCUUCGUCUUCAUCUUCAUUCAACUUGAUAAAAUCCGUCACAUUAUCUCGCGCUGCCCGUGAAUCCGGCUUCGAAGGCCUGUUCUGGGAGACUUACCUGCCGAACAGUCAAUUCUCUUCACUGUUUGACGACACUCAGCGGGCUUUGGGCGGGUCGAUUAGCGUAAUUCGAGAGAUCCCAUCAGGCAAUAACCUACUCCGGAUAGCGCUUGGUGCAAUGGCGCUUCGAGCUGCGGCAAUCAAUAAUGAUGACCCUGGUUGGAUGAAGCAGCAGGCUACAAAGCUGCAUGUUACCGCUUUGCAACAAAUGAGAAUGGCAUUGAGCUCGCAUAGGAAACACGGGCUUGAGCUUCUGGGUGCUGCACGAGUAUUUAGUCUCUAUGAGGCGCUGUAUGGCGGCGACUGGAGGAACCAGGAAACGCAAUCCCGCAGUUGGAGAGUUCAUCAUUCUGGAGAUCUCGCUCUUAUCGUAUCCAAUCCACCAUCUUUCUAUAUCACCGGCCCAGCUCAUAGGUUAUUUGUUGACGGACGACUUAAUCAUGUACAAUGCGCACUCAGUGAACGAAAAAAGCUGGUUCUCAACGAGGCAGCUUGGAUGACCAUCCCUUGGAGUCAACAUCGAAAGACACGGAAAGACUUCUUAAUAGACAUUCUUCUAGAGAUUCCCUCACUCUAUGAAGAUAUUGACAACACGAUCCUGACACAGCCAAGCCAACGUCACAACAUACAGAAAAGAGUGUCUGCUGUGAUAGGCAGACUUGCAACCUGGAAUUCGAAGUUCGGUGUUACAUUGUCUUCCUCAGUGCAAGAUUGGCGGUUUCCUGUCAGCAUGUCAACGGAUAGAAUUGCGGAUGCCCACAUAAUGACACUCUACUGGGCCACCAGUCUCCUGGCAUACAGUCUCUACCGUGACUUCUCGGAGGAACCCGACGGUGUGAGCAUCGAUGCAGAUGAUUGUUGUCGCAGUAUUAUACACUGUAUCCCAGUGUUUCUGCAUCCGUCUACUGGAGCUUUUCGUCAACACCUCGUUCCUUUCCCAUUGAUGGCAGCGGCUCUGUAUCUGAAGGCGGUUCAGCCGCCGAAGUUACCCACUGAGCGCGAUUAUCUACUGUCUCUAUGUGAGAACUCUGUUUUUGCACCUAUGCAUCAGUUCAUGUCAAGCCUGCGGCCACGGAUUCUUAUUGGUCUGGAGGAUAACCCAUAG